ACACAAAGAGAACGUACCCAAAAGUGAGGAUCAACUGCCGAAUGUUUAACAAGAAAUAGACGGAGAUGAACUGAAACCUCUGUUUAAAAAGUCCAUCGGCUCAACAUUGAAGCAGCAUUCAACUCCGGGUCCUAGAGUACUUACGUCGACUGUGUUCACUCAUUCAUUCAUUCAUUGUACACAUAUAUACCCCUCCAGGCUACAUCAAGUUCUCUCCUCAUCUCUCUACCUCAAAUCUCACACUCCUUUGAAUAAAUCCUACACGCUGGACGCAAUCCUCUUUAUAUCUAAUCUCUCCUUUCAUUCCAAUCCCAAAGGGCGAUCAGCAGCAGCCACAGCAGCAACACCGCUCGCUCAACUCACCAAACCCCACACAUCCACACACCAUUGGCAGAGCCAACACACACACACACACAUACACGCGCCUCUCUGACACCAUGUCCGCGACAUCUUCGCCUGUCCCUACACUCAUGCUCCAACCACCUACACCUCGCGCCGAAUCAUCACGUCGCGCCGUAUUUGAAAACCUACCUUGUAUCCCAUUCUUCGAGUCCUUGGAUAUUCUCGACCCCAUGGGUUCAAAACCUUUUGACGAUGAACCUACUUCCCCUGCACUCGAUUUGAACCUUCUCACACCUCCCGGUACACCUGUUCGUAAACACCACCGCCGUCGACUCCACCGAAAGCGAUACGGACACGAGCACGGGGCUUCUCCAUCCACUCCUUUCACCGGUAUCGCCAUCAUUGGCUUUAUCGCUCUACUCCUCCUCACUUCUAUCGCCUCACUUUCCUCUCCUCUCGCUCAUCUCCGCCACAACAAUACCGCAUCUUCGCGUCAAACCCUCUUCGGCCGAUUCAGAGGAAGGAUGAAUCUCGUCAACGCUCUUCAAAGUCAGAGCGGAGUCCUAGACAUGACGCUGAGUGACAUGUGGACCCAAGUCGCCAUUCGAAAGAGGGAGAUUCAACUCGAAGCUGCCGCAGAACCUCGAGGCAGUGGACACGUCAAGGCCAUGUCAGACAAUGACUGGCAACAGUACAGAAUCAACGCUCGUCUGCCUCUGCCGACAGCAGCGAUGGAGUUUUGGGACCUGUAGCAAUAACAUUCUUGUCUCACGUAGCAUAUGCAUUC